UGUUUGUGUGCCGUUUUUAAUAAGGUAUUGGUAUUUUUUACAUUUUUAACUAAUCGUUUCUCUCUUUUACUUGUCUCCGUUGUCCAAGAUGGACGCGGAGAAACCCCCCGACCCUCCUGAUAAAUCCCCCGAUAUUAAGCCAAUUCUAACCGUCACUCUUCCCCAUGACAACCCGGACCUCGAAAUAUUGGACUCUGAUCCUGCAUCAAACAGAAAAAGACCCGCAGGCUCCCCCCCUGUCUCCCGUAAUAACCCGCCGAAACUAGCGAAAAGCAUCAACGGUAGACAAUGCUACACCGCUAGGGACAACCCUCCCUACAUAGUGUAUGUUUCGCUUAAGGACUCCCAGACGACUGGCACUACUCUUCACCCGGUAAAAUUUGGGAUGUUUUUAAUGCGGAACAACAUUAACAACGUCAAAAUCGGUGGUGUAAAAAGAAUAGGCAGGAACAGAAUCUCGGUUGAGUUUGAGUCCCACCAGGAUGCCAACAGUUUUCUUGUGAACUGUGUGGUUGCACAAAGUUAUACAACCUCAAUCCCUCAGUUCAAUAUCACCAGAAUGGGUAUAGUAAGGGAUGUUCCCAUUGAGUGGUCAGAGGAAGAGAUAAUUAGCAACAUCAGGGUCCCUGCGGGAUGUGGUGUUGUUAUAAAGGCAAGGAGGAUGAAUAGAAAAGUGUCUUCACUGAAUGGAACAGAAUGGAAACCUACCCAGACUGUAGUCCUGACGUUUGAUGGCCAAAUUUUACCUAAGAAAGUUUUUUGUUUCUACUCCGCCCUACCAGUAGAAUUAUAUUCGUACCCGACUAUACAAUGUUACAACUGUUGUCGAUUUGGUCACACCCGCACUUUGUGUCGUUCAAAACCACGUUGCUUUAAGUGUGGUCAGGAUCACCCUGGCGAUGGAUGUCAAAUCUCAUUGGAGUUUGCACAUUGCAUUAACUGCAAUGGCAGUCACUUUGCUAACGACAAUGCCUGUCCAGAGUUGGGCCGCCAAAAAAGCAUAAAAGCUUUAAUGGCGGAAAAAUCUAUAUCCUAUGCGGAAGCAAGCCAAGUCUUCCCCACCGUCAAAAGGUCAUAUGCUGAGGUGUCGAGGUCAACUAAUUACAUAGAAUCCACUCCAACCAAAAAACCAUCCCAACAGAGAGUAUCUUAUAAAAAAACAGUUUUACUUAA